AAAGUACCCGGGAGACCGCUGGAAUGUUAGUGUGUCUGUGUUGGACUCUGGUGAUUGUCCCUUGGUGCAGCUGUCAGCUAAUGUGACUGCAUGUGACAACGUAGUUGUACCCGAGUUUGCAUGUGGAGGCACAAGGAAGAGAUUUUGUGUUUAUCUUUCCAUGUCCUGUUUUUACUGCACUGUGGAUAGACCUGUCCUCAACACCCAUGGCUUGCCCUUCUUUUGCCCAAGAGUUCAUGAGGGCUGGAGGUGUAGUCAGUGGUUUUGCUAUGUAGCCCAGCCUGGUCUUGAACUCGCUGCAAUCCUUCUGCCUCAACCUAGGAUUACAGAUGAACAGCAGCUGUUCAGGGCUGAGCAGGGUCCUGCUGGCUGUAGCUAUAGCCCUGGUUUCUGCCUGCUCCCCCUGCCCCCAGGCCUGGGGCCCCCCAGGGGUCCAAUAUGGGCAGCCUGGCAGGCCAGUGAUGCUGUGUUGCCCAGGAGUGAGUGCUGGUCAUUACCUCAUCUCACCUCCAGGACCCCUGUGUAUUGGUUUCGGGACAAGGAGCCAACACUGCUGCAGGGACCUGACUCUGGGCUGGGGCAUGAACUGGUCCUGGCCCAGGCAGACUUUACAGAUGAGGGCACCUACCUCUGCCAUACCCCGGAUGGUCAACUUGGAGGCACAGUGACCCUGAAGCUGGGCUCUCCCCCAGAGCGUCCUGUGGUCUCCUGCCAAGCAUCUGAUUAUGAGAACAUCUCCUGCACUUGGAGUCCCAGCCAAGUCAGUGGUUUACCCACCCACUAUGUUGCCUCUUACAGGAAGAAGUUGCCAGGAACUGGUGACCAGAGGGUGACUCUAUCUACAGGACAACCAUGCCCACAGGACCUCCUAAGGGCUGCACGCUGUGUUAUCUAUUGGGCAGAGUUCUGGAGCCAGUACCGGAUUAAUGUGACUGAGGUGAACCCAUUGGGGGCCAGCAGUCGUGUGCUGGAUGUGAGCUUGCAGCACAUCUUGCGCCCUGACCCACCAGAGGGCCUGCGAGUGGAGUCAGUUCCUGGUUACCCAAGACGCCUGCAUGCCAGCUGGACAUACCCUUCCUCCUGGCCUCAACAACCACACUUCCUGCUCAAGUUCCGACUGCAGUACCGUCCUUCACAGCAUCCGGCCUGGUCCACGGUGGAGCCCAUUGGCUUGGAGGAGGUGAUCACAGAUGCCGUGGCUGGGCUGCCUCAUGCAGUGCGGGUCAGUGCCAGGGACUUUCUGGAUGCAGGCACCUGGAGCGCCUGGAGUGUAGAGGUGUGGGGAACUCCAAGCACUGGGUCCCUAACAAAUGAGAUUCCUGAUGCGGGCAAGCUUCACACACAGCUGGCGGACAGCACAGGUCCUCCAAGGCCUUCUUUGCAGCCAGACCCGUGGCCACUGGAUCAUAGGGACCCUCUGGAGCAGAUGGUUGUGCUAGUGUCUUUGGGAAUCUUCUCUUUCCUGGGACUGGCAGCUGGGGCGCUUGCACUGGGGUUUUGGCUAAGGCUGAGAUGGGGCGGGAAGGAUGCACACCAAAAGCCUGGUUUCCUGGCCUCAAUGAUUCCAGUCGACAAGCUUCCAGGUACUCCAGACCUAUAGAAGACCCACAAGACCUUCAGCUGAUUCCACCUGUAACUCUGUUUUGCUGGUGUGGAUGGAUGGACAGAUACAACCAGGCAGGGCAACCGAUCCCUGUGGAUGGGAGUUCUCAGCUGGAAGUUCUGUGGAGCCCAUUUCUUUGAGACUGUAUUUCAAACUUGCCAGCUGGAAAGUAUAUGGACCUCUGACUUCAUCUGAGAGCUGAAGUCCACCUGAAGGAUGUUUAUACAUGUGUAUGUCUGUGUCUAUGUGUGACUGUGUCUGUAAGGUAUAGAACAUGUGUUCUUUGCAUAUAUGUAUGUGUGUAGGUGUCUGGGGAGUAUGUGUGAGUCCUUGGCUCUUGGCCUUGCCUCUUGCAGGUGCUGUGAAGAUGCAAAAUAAAGAGAACUAGGAAGUUCUUAGAGAUCAUACUCUGA